UUCCCGGCUCAGUCCGACAGCUGCUUCCUGCCCCGACAGCCUACCCGCUCCCGGACACUCGCUCACUCCGCUCCCGGUCUUCCCGAGCCGACCCGUGCAAGGAAGCAUCCCCGCGCAGUGCUGCGCCCGCCGUCACCUCCUCCCCCGCACCGCAGCUCCAUAGGGAGGGCCUUGUCCGCAGCCUCUGCCCGCGUCCCGCCUGCCCCACCAAGCCCGGGCCAUGCUGUCCUUCCAGUACCCCGACGUGUACCGCGACGAGUCCGUGGUACAAGAUUACCAUGGGUCUAAGAUCUGUGACCCCUAUGUUUGGCUUGAAGACCCAGAUAGUGAACAAACAAAGGCUUUUGUGGAGGCCCAAAAUAAGAUUACAGUGCCCUUUCUUGAGCAGUGCCCUGUUAGAGGUUUAUACAAAGAAAGAAUGACUGAAUUAUAUGACUAUCCUAAGUAUAGCUGCCACUUCAAGAAAGGAAAAAGGUAUUUUCAUUUUUAUAAUACAGGACUGCAGAACCAACGAGUAUUAUAUGUACAGGAUUCCUUAGAUGAUGAAGCCCGGGUAUUCCUUGAUCCAAACAAACUUUCUGAUGAUGGCACUGUGGCUCUUCGAGGCUAUGCGUUCAGUGAAGAUGGUGAAUAUUUUGCCUAUGGGCUAAGUUCCAGUGGUUCGGACUGGGUAACUAUCAAAUUUAUGAAAGUUGAUGGACCCAAGGAUCUUCCAGAUGUUCUAGAAAGAGUCAAGUUCAGUUGCAUGGCUUGGACCCAUGAUGGAAAGGGGAUGUUCUACAACUGCUAUCCUAAACAGGAUGGAAAAAGUGAUGGCACUGAGACAUCCACAAAUCUUCACCAGAAGCUAUUCUACCAUGUUUUGGGGACUGAUCAAGCGGAAGAUGUUUUGUGUGCUGAAUUUCCUGAUGAGCCAAAGUGGAUGGGUGGAGCUGAGUUAUCUGAUGAUGGUCGCUAUGUCCUGUUAUCAAUAAGACAAGGAUGUGAUCCAGUUAACAGACUCUGGUAUUGUAAUCUGCAACAGCAAUCCAAUGGUAUAACAGGAAUUUUGAAUUGGGUGAAGCUGAUAGAUAACUUUGAUGGAGAAUAUGAUUAUGUAACAAAUGAGGGGACAGUUUUCACCUUCAAGACAAAUCUUCAUUCUCCUAAUUAUCGGCUAAUCAAUAUCGACUUCAAGGAUCCAGAUGAAUCCAAGUGGAAAAUGCUUGUUCCUGAGCAUGAAAAGGAUGUUCUUGAAUGGGUAGCUUGUGUCAGGUCCAACUUUUUGGUGUUGUCCUACCUCCAUGAUGUAAAAAACAUCCUACAGCUACAUGAUCUUGCCACCGGUUCACUCCUCAAAACAUUUCCACUAGAGGUUGGCAGCAUCGUGGGAUAUAGUGGCCAAAAGAAAGACACUGAAAUCUUCUAUCAGUUUACUUCCUUCUUAUCUCCAGGUAUUAUUUAUCACUGUGAUCUUACCAGAGAGGAGUUAGAGCCCAGAGUUUUCCGAGAGGUGACUGUGAAAGGAAUUGAUGCUUCUGAUUACCAAACUGUCCAGGUGUUCUAUCCCAGCAGAGAUGGCACGAAGAUCCCAAUGUUCAUUGUGCAUAAGAAAGGAAUUAAAUUAGAUGGCUCUCACCCUGGUUUCUUGUAUGGCUACGGGGGCUUCAAUAUAUCUAUUACACCAAGCUACAGUGUAUCCAGGCUCAUUUUUGUGAGGCACAUGGGUGGUGUGCUAGCAAUAGCUAACAUUAGAGGAGGGGGUGAAUAUGGAGAGACCUGGCACAAAGGUGGUAUCCUGGGGAAAAAGCAGAACUGCUUUGAUGAUUUUCAGUGUGCUGCUGAAUAUCUUGUAAAGGAAGGGUAUACUUCACCAAAGAGAUUGACUAUUAAUGGAGGCUCAAAUGGAGGACUUUUAGUGGCUGCUUGUGCUAAUCAGCGCCCUGACCUCUUCGGUUGUGUCAUUGCCCAAGUUGGAGUAAUGGACAUGCUAAAGUUCCAUAAGUAUACCAUUGGCCAUGCCUGGACCACUGACUAUGGUUGCUCUGACACAAAAGAACACUUUGAAUGGCUUAGCAAGUAUUCACCAUUACAUAACAUCAGGUUACCUGAAGGGGAUGGAGUCCAGUAUCCAUCCAUGUUACUUCUCACUGCAGAUCAUGAUGACCGCGUGGUACCCCUUCAUUCCCUGAAGUUCAUUGCGACCCUACAGUAUGUUGUGGGCCGAAGCAGAAAGCAAACUAACCCUCUGCUCAUUCAUGUUGAUACUAAGGCGGGCCAUGGAGCCGGAAAACCGACUGCUAAAGUUAUAGAAGAAGUUUCUGAUAUGUUUGCAUUUAUAGCACGGUGCUUAAAUAUUGAUUGGAUUGAAUAAGUGGAAUACUGGGCUCCCAUUGUGUCCCCAAAAUAAACCUCAAGGGCUUUUAACCACCAUUUACACAGAGAAACCAGUGGGCAUAGUACUCGUGUUUGAGAACAAUGUUCCUAUGCUUAUGAACCACAGUUUGUUCUUCCAGUGACCCAAACUGCUGUGGGAAUUUUACCUUUUUUAGGCUUCUCCUUUUUAUCAUUCCCUGGGAGUGGCUUUUUCUGCCAUAUUCAAACAUAUGUUUAAAAAAAAAAAAGGCAUGUUUGGACAAAUAGCUAAAUUUCAGCAAAUGCUGUUGUGAAUACUUAGAUUUCCAGAGUUUGAAAGUGGUAGUCAAGCUUCCUAUAAAACCUCUUAAUAUUAUGUGCUCCCAUAACCUUAUCCAAGUCACCUGUAAGUAAACAUAAGAACUGUGAUUAUACAAAAACAAAAUUUCUUUACAUCCAUAAUAAAUGUUAUUUGAGAAUGGGAGGCUUUAUUUCUGGUUCUUUACGAAUUACUGGUGGGAGGGAACACUAAAAUUCUAAUCAGAUGGGAUUAAAUUAGUUUUCUUUCAAAAUAUGAGCUUUGCGCAGUUUUGCAACAAAUUGAUUUUCAAAAUGACCUAAAUCAUUUUAUGUUUUUUGGUUAACAGCUUAUAAAUAAUGUGAUUCCAGUGAUCAUUUGAAGUUAAGCUGCUUUUUUUUCCCCUCAAUAUUUUGCUCUUCAACUGAUCUGUACCUACCUCUUCUAAUAAGCUGUCUUUUAUUUAAAUGCCUCCUAUAAAAAUGGAUGGAAACUGGAAAAUGGUGACUGCUUCCUAAAAUCCAAACUUUAAUUUCUUUUCUUAAGCUGACAGAAAGAUUUCUGGAUAUAUUAGGCCCUGCCAGUUCUAAAUGCUACAAUCAGUGAUUUUUGUAUCAUGGGAUCCAAAUAUAAAUUCCUUAAACUUUCCAAGUAGAUACUUCUUUUAAAAACUUCUUUCCUAUCAGGAGGGCACUUUUUAAACCUCACUUAGUUAUCUUACUGUAGUGUUUCCUUUUCUCUCUUCAUCAGAGCUGAAGAAGGUAUGCCUAUAUAUAAAAUGCCAUACAAGGACGUAACAGCCUUCUGCAAAAUAAAAUUAGUUAUUCCAAUUCCUUUCGCUUGUCCAGAUAGGUCAUAUUUUUCAGCACUGCUAGUCGUGCAGUCCUCUCUGUGCACACCUUUAACUGAAUAGGUAAUGUUUUCCACUAAGGACCAAUGCCAAGCAUUGCAGAAGGGAAGCAGCUUAGUUUGUUUCUGCUCAAUGCACUUGUAGGAUCAUGGUUUUUAAGCCCCAACUAUGCAGAACGCUGCUGGCAUAUAAUUAACUUGUGUUCAGCCAUUGCCCUUCUGAAUCCAAGGUGUCUCUCGCCAUCUUUUCUGAAACUGAUGUUGUUACCAUAUGGCCAUAGAAACAGCAAUACUGCCCAACAACCGAUUUGCAUCACUCCUAAACAGCAUGCUAGGAAAAAGCCAAUAAAAUGCAUUUGCACAAUUGAGCCAAAAGGCCUUCAGUGUUGAUCAACUGAUUUAUUUGACUAUGUACAGACAUCUGAAUUGUACCUGUGUUUCUCCUGAGAGCCUAAAGGCUGGAGGGGAAAUGUGUAAUUACGUUAAAAAUGUCAAUAAAAGUAAAAUUGAUUUUUAAAAGUGAAAA